GACGAGGACGAGGAAGACGAGGAGAACGAGAACGACAAGUCGCGUAUGCAGACAGCCGCGUGUGAUCAUUUAGUGUAUACGGUACGCGCGCGCGAGAUUAAAGGUCGAUGACGAUGCAACGGGUUCAAGAUCAGGACAAUGGUAUCAACAUCAAGUUCGGCCCGGGCAAACCCCGGAAGGGCGAUUACAGGCUGGUGUCGCAGAGCUCCGAUAACAACAAAGACCUCCUCAAUGGGACCAAUAAGACAGAGAAAGAUGAAAACGUAGAGGAGGAGUUAGUCCCACCAGAUGGAGGCUGGGGAUGGCUGGUGCUCCUCGCCGCCGUCAUGGUCAAUCUUCUCAUCCCCGGCACCAUCAAGUCCUUCGGGGUACUGUUCGUCGAAUUCCUUGACGUAUUUGACGCGUCACCGGCGGCAGCUGCAUGGAUACCGUCGCUUUGUUAUUUCCUCUACAGUUCGCUGGGCCCACUCUCUAGUGUACUUUCGGUCAAGUAUUCCUAUCGUACGGUAACGUUACUCGGGGGGACAUUCGCCGCGGCGGGGAUGAUGCUGAGUUACUUCGCGAGCUCUGUGGCCUUUCUAUGUGUUAGUUAUGGUGUAUUAGUAGGUACGGGUGCUGGAUUAGCGUUUCCUCCGACUGUAUAUAUCGUGACAUCUUAUUUCGUACGGCUGCGAGGACUCGCCAACGGGCUCUGCAUAUCUGGCAGUGCGUUAGGUUCAAUAUUUCUUCCGCCCGUUCUAGGCUUUCUUCUACGGGAGUAUGGUUACAGAGGCGCGGUACUAAUAAUGGGUGCCGUCACGCUAAACGUCUGGGCGAGUGCGCUUCUUUACCACCCGGUAGAAUGGCACCUGGUGCCAGCUCGGCCUCCAGACGAUAUCGACGAGCGUGAUAACGGAGAGACCAUGUCGGUGACUGUCACCAGCAGCCUCGAACAAACGACGGAGAAGGGCAACAGCCAGGUGGAAUCGUCGUACAAUUCGACGAACGAGAAGGCUGCGCCGAUCGUGCCAAAGAGCGCGUCGAGCGUCGCCCUGGAGUAUUACAAGAACACACCGGUACAAAGCCGCACGCGAAAGAUCAGCGUGCCUACUGGGCGCGAGAUCAGCGGUCAGAUGCACAGCACGCCGACGUUGCACGCCGUGCCGGAGCGCGGCGGUGCCGUGGUCGAGUCCGGCAAAUAUACCAGGGUGGUCAGGUCACCACUGCACUCGCCCAGCGCGUCAUCCUUCAACUACGUCAGCACGCCAUAUCACGGCAGCACGUUAUCAGUUUUGCACCCGGAACGUGCGUCUACGUUGACGUUGAACGCCAUCUCCAGCACGUUUAGGAAGUCGACGCAGGGCGAACAGAAACAACGUGAGCAUAAUGAGAAGGAUCAACAGAACAAAUUUUUCGACUUCAGCCUGCUCAAGGAUCCCAUCUACCUCGUCAUCCUCAUCUCCAAUUCCACCAACGCCAUUAGCUACACCAACUUCGUCAUUCUGCUGCCGGCCUAUGCCAUCUCCCUAGGUUUUGACAACUGGGACGCGUCGCUGUUACUGUCAAUCGUCUCCAUGCUCGAUCUCGUAGGUCGUAUCGGCGGCUCUGCUCUCUCCGACAUCAAAUUUAUGCCCAAGCAUUGGUACUUCGUCGGUGGUUUGCUCGCCUCCGGGAUCUCUUUAGCCAUCCUACCCACCGCCAAUACAUACAUCAUGUUAUCCGUUUACUGCGCCUUCUUUGGUCUCGCGUCCGGCAUCUACGUCGGUAUCACCGCCGUCAUUAUGGCUCAUAUGCUGGGCACGGAGAAACUCACCUCGUCCUAUGGCAUCUCGUUAUUCGUCAACGGUGUCAUCCAGUUGGUAGGGCCGCCGAUUUGCGGCAUAGUAUUCGAACAGAUCGGCAGCUAUGGACCAAUCUUCAGUAUACUCGGCAUCAUUCUGGUAUUCGGCGCAUCCCUUUGGGGCACGGUGCCGUUUAUCCGGCGGAGACAGGCAGCGUUGGAAAAGUCCGCCAGAAUAGACAAAGUAUAAUAGACCAAAUAAACAGAACAAAGUACUAGUAGAGACACAUGUCUGUCUUGUCAUUGUUAGUAUUUGGAAACUGUAGUUUUUGUAGGUUUUUUUCUAGUUUUACGUUUUGAGAUUUGAAGUUUUGGGAGAUGUUACAAUGUACAUCUAUUGUAGGAUGUUACAAUUGUACAUCUAUUGUAGGAUGUAAGUAGGCGAAUGAGAGAAGUAUCCCAAAUUUGCGAAUUUUAAAAUGUAAAAUUACGAAAGAGAAGCUAAACGACUCGCGAGUGACUCGACACUUCGCGGAACACAAUUUGAGCUUAAGUGUACGGUUGCAAAAGCGGCCAUGCAAGUAGCGUGUAUGUGAAUAUACUUAAAUGUGUGUAUGGAUGAGUGGAUGAGUGAGAGGGAGAGAGAGAGAGAGA